UGAUGUGGAUAGGAAAAAUAUCAUCUGCAGAGGUGUGUCAUCAGCUAUAAGUAUACUAGUCAGUAAAGGGGUAAUUGGCUCCCUUGACGUAUUAACUUCUUGCAACUUGCUGUCUCCUUUUGUCAAAGAGAUGCUUCAAAACUUUAUGUUCAAGGUCCAAUCAGGGAUAUGUAAAGAGCCCCAGUUAACCAACCAUCCUUCUUCAGAUAAGCCAUCCCAGAUUUUGCCUAAUCCACCUGAUCUGGAAAGUGCACAUCAGUCUUCUGGACUUCUUGCUUGUCUUGAAAAUGCUGAAAUGAGCACUCAUUGUGUCUCUCUACCAGAAUCGAUUGAUUCAGCUGCUUCACAUGGUGAGUGCCAAGUUGAUGAUUUGGCAAAUUUAAUAGGAAAAAUAGGAGAGGUAAUGCAAAGCUCGAACAGGAUGGGAGAGAAACUAGUGGAGAACAUCUUGCAUUUGUACAUAAAAUCUGAAAACGAAGAAAAGUUUGGUGUUAUUAGCUCUGAAUCUUUAGCAUGUGAAUUGAAAAAGGAACUUGAGCUGGCUGGUUACAACCUUUUUUCACCUCUUGGAAGUUUACCAAAGAAUGCUGAUGCUGAUGAUGAAGUUGAAUCCGUAACAGCAGCAGUCAUUCGCACCUUCGUUAUUUCUCAACAUCAAUGGAUCAGGAAUAUGCUAUUCUGGUGGUCAAAGAAUGGCUGUGUAGUCGGAGCUCGAUUAUUAUCAUAUGCAUUGAGACUUGCACAUGAAGCACGUGAAGCAGGCUAUGGAGCAAACUCUACCAGCGAGAUCAAUUACAGAAAAUGGCCCUUGCUGAAGUGUCUCAUUGAAGGAUAUUAUGAACUUACAUCUCGAAAUGUGGAUCGUGUAAAUGAAACAAAUACUUCUAUUCCUGAGGUUGAUAACAAAUUGGUUAGUAAGAUGAUUGAUGAUGCUUUCACCUCUUAUAGGAAUAUGCUUACACAUGCUAGGGAUGCUUUAAGCAAAGAAGUGGUUAUGGAUCCUGGUAAGAUCUUAGCAAUGGAUGUGUUGUUUUCUUCAUUAUGGAAGAGCAAAAGGUUAAAUGCUCUUUUCCACAGCAUCUUUUCUUAUCUUCCUGAUCUAUCCCUUGGCGAUGAAGAUGUAAUCCUGUUACUUGUCAGUCAAGUGGACGACGCUGAUCUUGUAUCCAUGCAGAUCGACUUGGGAUUGAGAAGGUUUUCUAUAUUUGGUGAAGAUGUCAGAAAAGUUGUCCAAUUGAUCAGAAAGUCCGUAUACUGGAAGCAAGUAGAUCAGCACAAAUUUUGGGGCUUGAUUAGUCAGAGCUCACUGUCUCCGAGUUUCCUGUGGAGAAGUUGCUUUUGGAGUGCUUUUUCUCAACUGAUUUUGAUCCAAACCUAGUGGUGUCAUUGUUGGAGGUCUUCAAGCAAUAUGUAGUUCUUGUGCUCCCACACCAGAAAUUGUUGGUGCUGUCAUGUUAUUGCCGAACAAUAAGUUCCCUGAUUUUGCUGCUUCCAUUCUCUCUCAUUGGACCAUAACUAAUGCAUCAAUGUUCUCCAAUAGUGUAGCUGAUUUUUUGAUUAAACUCGAGAACAAGAAUGGGAAUGCUCCUCUUGACUAUAGCAGUGUUUCCAUCAACCAGUCUGCUCUCUUAUAUUUGUUAGAAUAUUUUGAAGCACAAGGUGUGCAAGGUGUUAACAUGCUAGAGAAACUGGCGUUGAAUUUAGCAGACAUAGAAACAAGACUCGGGAAUCCUACAGUUCCAAUGGAUACUGGGUAAUUCUGUCUUGUGUCAUGGUUGAGAAUAUUCUAAUUAUGGGCCAUAGUUGCUGUGGGGGAAUCCAUGCCCUCAUGGGUAUGCAGGAUGAAGAAGAAGAUUCAAGGAGGUGCAUUAGGAGUUGGGUAAUUGUUGGCAAAAAUGCAAGGAUUAGCACCAAAUCUGUGGCUUCUAAUCUCAGUUUUGACCAACAAUGUCGACAUUGUGAAAAGAUCAUUGAGGCAUUCCAGAAAUGUCAUGCAGAUCACCCUUUUGGCAAAAUUUUCGGCAAGUGCACUGAGCUCAAAAUUAAACUUGAUGGCUGCUUCAGGAAGGAGGUAGAUGCUAGAGCAAGUUAUAGCCUGUCAUUAGGAGUAUCCUAUCCUGAGUUACUUGUACUUGAUGAUAAGAAAUACUCCAUUAUCUACAGAACACUUGCUUUAGAAAAUUCCGUCAAGACAAAGAAGCAAUGGAGGUUGUGUUUGCCUUAAGCAUAUCACCCUCUUUUACUUCAGCGACAUCGACAUAAUCUGCAGGAAGCCAAGAAGGAUGUCGCUAAUGCUAUUGAUUAAAUAAAUUAUAAGAGGGUGACCUUUGGUUUGCUAACCCAGAGUGGGAUGUCAAUUAGGAGAAUUAAGUCAAAAAAUAAGUUAGCAUUUUCUUUAUGUUGGGUUAAUACAUCAUUUCUUUUUAGAAAAAAACAGUUAUGUUUUGAAUUAGACUUUCUUUUAUGAUAUUUCAUGUUUUAGGCUCUUGUGAUUAUGUUAUUCUAAGAUCCCUAAUUUGUGCUUUAUUGAUUUUUGGUUUCAAUUGGAUUGAUCUGGGUGUUUUUAUUUUAUUUUUAUUGAAAAUCAUCUCUAUACAAGGCCUGAUUUGUGAUUUGUAUAUCACUUCUAUUUUGUAUUUGUGUUUAGUUAGAUUCAGAAAGAUUUCACCCUUGACUCUUGAGAAACGUUAUGAAUAUUUUUCUCAUAAAAGAAAUGUGGCUGAUAACUCUUGAUUCAUUUUAUUCUAAACCAGGGCUUCUUUCCUCAGUUUUGCACAUAAAUUUAAUUGUUUUUACUUAUUGACUCGUGUCUUUCGUUAUUUAUGUAUGCUUAAAUGAAGUCUUUCACACCAACUUCCAAAAUUGAAUCAUGGAUCUAAAUCUAUUCGCGCAAGUAUGAAUUUUUCUAUAUUGGCACUCUCCGGUGCUCUUGCUGAUAUACUCUUGAAUAGCAGCGACUUGGUAACUGUUGCUCGUGGAAUGUGGGCUCUGGUAAUUAACUUCUCAUCCUGGCCUAAUCUAUACCCAUUAAAAAGUGAGGAAUGCUUCUACUAUAGCUUAAUAACAGUAAGAUUACUAUUUUGCAAUUAGGAACAGUAAUUUGACGUUUUUUCCCUUCACUUUUCACAUAACUACUUCUCUGCCCUCCCUUUGCUACGUGUGUCCUCUGGAUGCUGCUUUACCUCGUGGCUCCUCCAUCUUCUCUUCCCCUUUCUUUCCUCCUCUCCUGAAUCGUUCCUUUCUUUUCAAAUU